AUGCACAACAUGGCGUCACUUUCGUUGCGGAAAGUUGGUGCAUUGCAACAGCCGCAAGUGCUCGCGCGACCCUCCCCGUUAUCUGCCACCUAUGUGGAGCUGACGGCAGGUGCAUACCUUUUAGCCUCAGUCAACACUGCGAGAAAUCAAUGUAUUCUGGAGUUUCUUCUUGAUACCGCCGCUGCUGCUGCUGCUGCUGCUGCUGUUACCGGCACCACCACCGCCACCCCCAUGAAUGCCAGAUCCGCUCCGUCAGGUGUAACUGGGGUGGUGGAGCAGGCAAGGUUUCUUGAGGGCCUUCAAGGUAGUUUUCGACUGCCCAAGGUCUUUGACGUCCUGGAAGAUGAAGGGGUGAUAACGGCGGUUGAGCUUGUUCGCGAUUACCGAAGGGUGGAAGGCUCCAGGCAGGCCUUGCAGGGAAGGAACCGAUUGUUGGAAUCUAUCUAUGUGCAUUUGUUUAUUGGAACAUCCAACGGAACCGUCUUUGUCUGCAAUGCGCUCCGUGGGACCAUCAUGGCGCUGACGCAGUUUCAGUACAAUGGCGUCUUUGGACACCACCGGUAUGCGAAGCCUCAAGAGGAUGCGACAAAGCCAAUUUGCCGCAAUGAGGCCGUCGUGCGCUUUGUCUUGCAGGGUGCCGCACCAGACGCACACUUUAAUGCAAACAUUGCACAAAGUAUCGCUCUUAUGCCGACGGAAACCCUCCAUGCGGUGUGCGUCGUUCACAGUCGAGGGCGCGCCGUGUUGCUCAAUCGAGCCGCACUUGACACAUUCCUUUCUGUGGCUGAGCAGCGCCUCGAUGGGAGGCGGCCAUACUUGAUCUUGGAGUGGUCGCCAGAGAGCACUGUCAGCUCCUUCCCCACUGCUGGGCCAGCAGCCCACUUUGCCUCUUACGUGGAAUCUGUCUUUGUUGCGUCGGAGGAGGGGCGGUACUCCGCCGUGGAGCUGCAGACGCGGCGAGUGAUGUCUGGUACUACGACGGGGCGCACUAUUCGUGACGCGGCCUUCUUUUUUGGGAACCUGUGUGACACAACGGCAAUCCUCCGUAACGGCCCACAGGCCAUGGAGUCCCUCCUUCUGUGUGGAGAGACGCCGGCACUUUCGACGUACACGUUUGAAAACACACAUGCUGCUUUUUCUGCCCGGCAAGCAGUACGAGCUGUGGUCUCCGUCCUGGGCGGCAUGGCGCGGAGAUUGUGGCAAAGGCCCCAACAAGAUGAAGGUGGCGUGGCGUCCAAACCGAAACGCCUUGCUAAGCAUCCUCAGCAAGCCAAGGACGCUUUCUACGAAGCUGACAUGAUCUUCAGUAGUGUCCAGGUGGAUCCCACCUCGCAAUGGGCCGCGUGCUACAGUGAGGGGGCUGGACGUAUUUACCUGUAUGACUUGAUGAGCGGCACUAUCUGGCGUGUGAUGAAGGGUUGCCGUUCUGCACAAUUUCAAUGGUGCAUGGCCACCAUCGCCGGAAAGCGCAUGUUGUUGCUUGUUGUGCACCUCCUGCUUCGCCACGCCGUGGAGUUGUACUCUCUGCGUUUGGGGCAGCGCCUGGCGGCUCGCCACGUCCCGCGGGGAUCCGUCAUGCUCCGUCCGGAGUCCGUCUCCUCCGCGUUGUCUAUCCUCAUGCUAACGCCCUCCAGAGAGGUGGUGCGGAUACAUGUAGAGCUGAACGUAAGGGAGGAGGAAGAGGAAAUGCAUCCCUCUCUUCCCUUAGCUGCAACUUCUUCUGCCCCACGACGUGAAGAAGCGGCGUCUCCCAGUAAGCUGUGGGAAAAAGCUUAUCAGGUCAUGCCGCGAGAUGUUUUGAUAGCGGCGCUCCAAUUGCCACUUCCCGUGCCUGCCACCGACGAGAGCCUUUUCGCCGUGUACCACGCGCAGAUGAAGGCGUUGGAGAGCAGUGUGAAGAGUAGAUUUUCGCCCGGCGUCUCCGAUGACCGCUGCCUCCCUAUUAGCCUGGAGAUGACAGCCGAGAAUCUGCCACGCGACAUCACCGCGGCUCAGUGCCUCAAUUAUUUGGAGCUACGCCUCGCUUGCGUGACAAAUUAUCGUCGGGCAUUACUACUGAGGGGUCUAGAUGAAGGUGGAAUGCAGCACGCGGACACGACGGCGUCGCAAGUGCCAAGCGACAGAGACUUCUUUGUGGAAGGAGGACAACCGCAUCCGUCCCUUGUACAGGCGGUGCGGACGGCGGCCGAGAUGCUUUCCACGGCUGGCGCCGCGGAGGUUGCCAACCUUUUGGACGAUCUCCUUCCUUCGAUACAACAGUUAUUGCAAACGCAUAAGGACACCACCGCCGAGCAUGCCCCCCCACCCAUUUCUGCGAUUCCACUGGAUGCCUUUUUAAAACUGUUUUAUUGCGGGGGGUAUAGGUUGGAGUUUUUGCGUGACACAGUUUGGGGCCGUGAAGAUGUGAGUAAUGCAGCAGAUGAUGUAUGGGCAGAAAUUGGAGCCGUAUUUUACAGUUCUGCCGGCCGUGGCCUCGGCUCCUUGAUGCAGCAGUUGGAGGCGUUCAGCACGUUGGGUUUACAAACUGAGGAGGUGGCGGUGAUCUCGUUGUCGUGGCUUUGUUGCUCCUUUGCCCGGCUACCCACGUCAACCUCCUUGGGCACACUAUCCAAUCUUGUCUUUUUGCUUAAAACCUGUAAUGAUGCCGCAUUUCUUACGGCUGUUGAGCAUGUUCCUUGUUUGACGACAGGCGUGACCGAUACGGCCCAUGGAGGCUAUGAGGCAUAUCUCCUGUUGCUCAUUCUCUGCAUGGUGGUACGCCAGCAGGAGAAGCCUGUCGGGGCAGUUUAUUAUGGGCGUUAUGUGCGUUUACUGCGACAGUUGUUGGCGUUUCGCGCGAUGCUUCAUCGCAGCAAGACAGAACUUUAUGCAUCCACCACCGAUGCAAAAAAAGAGGGCCAUCAAUGUCUGCGUAUGAGUGGGCUGCUUCCAUGCGAGGGAGGUGAUGCAUUAAAUGCGUAUUGCUUCAGAUUUUUUCCCGCUUCGGUGGCUCGGGUUCUGUGUAAGAACAUCGUGGGGAGUGAUGAGCUUACGAGGGCCUUGGGUGGAGUCGAUAUGGUGGAAUUGCUCAAUCUGCUUUCCAUUAGGGAAGAAACACCUGCAUGGGAUGUGGAGACGCCGUGGUAUAAGGCGCGGACAUGGAACCAUGGCGUUUUCUCAGAGCACGUCUUGAAACCACUUGUAUCUGCGACUGCGGCUGUCAUGCCGACAGCGCCUGAGGCGCCAUCGUGGAUUCUCACAGCGACCCCGCAGCAGGUGGCAGGAUUGGGCGUGAUCCUGGCUGUGGAGUUGACUCUGUUGGAGUGGCAAUUGGAGCCCCUCCGCGAGGAGCCUCUUGCUUUUCUUGAGCAUAGCUCGGCCCCAGACGCCAAUCUCUUUGAGGGGGGCGAGGAGCUUGUGAAGUCGCCUGCGCGGCGCCCGAAGGGGAGCCGUUCCACGCGCGAUUACUUUAACAGUUGUCGUGAGCUUUUAGCUCUGCUUCGAGGCUGUGUGGCUGCCAUCAUGGAGGAGGCCAAUGACCCAGAGGGUUGUGGGAAGUUUGUAGAGGCGGCGUCGGUAUUGCUGUCGUAUGACAACAACGCGCCGUUUGCGCUUAUUCCCCGUGCCAUUCGACGGCAGAUCGAGCCUCUCAUGGCACUGUUUCAGGCGGGCCCUGCGCCGUUCCUGCGACGCAUUGACGAGGUCUCCUCUUUUCUGGACACCGUGACGUUUUUUGCCUUCACAGAGGCUGGGGCCCAACUUCCCUCCGCCGCUUCACCUUCCAGGUCCCUGACUGUCCCGUGGGGCCGCAUGUUUGGGGCAAAGGAGCGGCUGCUGCGCCUGUCACCGGACGGCGACCUCGCCGAGCCCGCGCAGCGGCUGCAGACAGUGGCACAACUGCAAAUGCGUAGCUCACUCUUACGGGAGUUUGCCUUUACGAGUUUUGGGGGUACACGCACCGAGGCAGCUGAUGGGCGUGUUGCACAACUGGGGGCAGCAUUGGGAUUGACACGUGUUGUUUGCGAUAUUUCCCAACUGGUUCUCUUUGACGCCGCCGCGCUUCAUUUGGCUUCCAAUUCGCAGCUAACCCGUCUGUUGAACGCCGCGGCAAGUCGUCAUUUGGCCGCUCGCAUAGCUGCGGAGGAUUUUCGAAUUAUCGUCGCCAACUGCUUCAAGUACUAUGCAGAGUUGAAACGAGGCAUCCCAAAAGAAAAUCGGUUUGAGCUCCAACAGCUCGCACUGAAGAUUAAGAGCAUGGAAGCCACAAUGACGGAGGAGUGCCGUUCUUGGGUACUUGGGAGAGCUGCAAAGAGGGAGGCUGCCACGGGAACGGAGGCGGAGCCGGCGUCAACAUUGCCGUUGGAAUAUGCCAUCGUGGUGUGUCCCUGUUGGUACACGCCGCGUGAGCUCCGCGCCGUUGAACUUAGGGUGCGGGAGCGUCUGCAGCAGCCGCGGGGCUCCGAGGGGUUGACCGACCUCAACGCACUUCUUUUUACGUUGGCAUUUGCUGCUGCGGGGGCCAAGUCGGAAGUGCAGGGUGCCGCGCCUCGCGUCGCCGAGGAACUACCGAUGGUUGCGGUCCGACUUGCUGCUUUGCUCUGA